AUGGACAAAAUGUCGCAGAAGCUCGACAAGAUUGACACCUUGGAAGCACUAUUUGCAAAUUUCAAGGUGGUCCACCUUAGCCAAAGGAUACAAGCCAUCCCUGUAUACGACUCCUUUCAUCAACCAGUUCCAGUGCCACAGUGUUUCCCCAAAACGGCUCUUAGACUCUAUCGACUGCAAGAUCGGAAGAACUGGAAUCAAUUGAAAACCCUUCUCAAGCAUUACAACCUCGAGAACGCGACCAUUCGGCUUGUCAACUAUGGAGAGCUUUACGACUCCUCCGAUUCCGAUGAUGAUUCCGACACUUCCUCCCGUUUGCACUCUAUCGAUGGGGAACUUGACCGCGCUAUAGAGUCUAAUCCCUUUGCCGCCAUGUGUUCGCUGGGCCGUCAUCUUGGUGUGGAUACCGACUCUCUCCAUGAUCGGGUCACGCAGCUCGAGUUCCAACAGAAGAAAGGCACUGUGGCCAAACGCCCAGCGGAAGACGCGGGAAGUGUUCGGAAGAUGAUACGAGACUUGGUCACAGGGGCGCUGCAGCCUGGUUCUUUCACGAGAGAAGACCCGCUUGUUGAUGAUGACUCUGAAGGAAAACAUACCAAACUGGGAUGGGAGGUAGACUCGGAGAAGUUCAAACGGGAAACGGCUCAUCUUCGCCUUCGUGACACCGCAAUGGUGACCUCACCCCUUGCAGCCAGCGACAAGGGCAGCCGGGGAAGCCGCGAACUGAAGGAUUUGGAGGUUCGCUCACGUCAAUCGAAGGGCAGUCUGUCACCAACCGAGAAGAUGACCACAUCAAGCGACCGAUCGAAGGGUCAUUAG